UUCAGUGAAAUGUGACGAAUGAAACAUCAAUCUGAGAAAAGUUAUAAAUUAAUUAUGAAUUUUAAAUGAAUAUUAAUAAUCAUUAAGACUAUUUGUUAUAAUAUUCAUUUAUUAUUGACGUAAAAAUUUUGUUAAAUUUAUUUGGGAAGUGUUGUGUUGUUUAAAUAUGGAUUUAUUUUUUUUGUCGAUUUUGAUAAGUUUCAUUAAUAUGUUGUUAAUUAAAUAUUUUCCAAAGAUGAUAUCAAAAAUAUUGGAUCGUAAUAAUAAAAACAGAGAUUUAAUCGCAGAAAUUACUUUUUUAAAAAAACAGCAAGCUGAAGUCUCUAUUUAUCAUGAGUUUGCAAAACAUGCAAAAUUACAAAGACAAAUUAAUAAACUUACUGAAAAUCUAAAAAAUAAUGUGAGAGAUAAUGCAGCUAACAAUUUGAAAAUCAAGUUCAUAUGUAAAAUAUUAUUCUAUGUUAUAUCUAUAGUUAUAAAUCUUAUAUUCAUUCGUUUUAACUAUAAACAGGCAGUAUUGAGAGAGUUACCAUUAAAUUUGUUUUCUCCUUUAUCUUGGAUUGUAAGGUGGCCUUUACAAGAAGUAGGCACCAUGAGUUUCCUUUUUUGGUUCAGUGUAACUAAUUGUGUUGCAAGAGUUACUACAAAUAGUAUUUUGUUUUAAUUUAAGGAGAUAACUUUUACUCUUUGUAUUCUGUUUUAGGACAAUUACCUAAAUGUGUGUACAAAACUUUACUUCUCUGUAUAAAUAUACUAUAAGACACUAAAAUUAUUGUGAUAGAAAAUUCUAAUACUUUUGUUAAGUAUCUAAAUAUUACUAAUUAAAAAGUAUUAAAGACAAUUUAAUAUGUUAAUACAUUUUUUUUUUUUAAUGUUUUGUUAAAAAAUGUUAUUCUUAGUAAAUUUUGUUGAAUGAAGUUAAUUA